CCGAGGGGGGAAGCUCAAGAAGCUCUGAGAGGUGAAGGAGCGAGCGCGUCCACUUCACCACCACCGCUAUCACCCUCACCACCUCCCCGUGCCUGCCCUCCACCCCCCUCAGGGCCUUCCUUUGAAGUCACGUGGCAACCCCUCCCUUCUCUCUCCCCCCCAGCCCCCCAAUUCCCGGCGUGGGGAAUGGCCUCAGCUUUAUUGUGACGCAAGCAGCUUAGAAGCCGGCGCUCGCGUCCCCAAGCCCGCCCGGGCCGCGUUCUGCUAGAGCCAGACAGCAGCAGCAGAGGAGGCGGGAGGCUGGAGCGCCGCGGCGAGGAGAGACCAGAGAGCCCUGGCCGGUUUUGCCUACUGUGAAGAGACUGAUUAUUAUGUGCCUUUCUUUGGCAUGAUACUUAAUGUGAAAAUUCACCAGGAGGGGGAAAAAGUCUUUGAACUUGAAUUUUAUUAUCCAACUAAGCUCAUGAAGAUGUGCAUAGCAGAAUAAUGGAAGCACCUGAAUACCUUGAUUUGGAUGAAAUAGAUUUUAGUGAUGAUAUAUCUCUACUACAAACUGGCCAUGGUCACUGGUUGGCCACUGUGAGAACAGGAUGCUGGACUAGAUGGGCCACUUAUGUUCUUAUGUUCUUAGACUUCAUGCAAAACCAUAGUUUAGCAAGACAAGAACAAGACAAGUAUUCAGUAACUUCCCUCAAGACUAUCCCAGAAUUACGUAGGAAGUGUGAUUCACAAAAUGAAGACAGAACAGUUUCUAGCACAAAUUGGAGUUCAGGAGUUUCAACACUCCUUGGAAAUGCACAAAAACCAACUGGCAUUGCAGAUAUGUACAGUAAGUUCAGACCAGUGAAGAGGGUUUCUCCACUAAAGCACCAACCGGAAAGCUCUGAAAAUAAUGAAAGUGAUGACCAAAAGAACCAGAAGAUGGAAUAUCAGAAAGGCAGUGACUCUCCACCUGCAGCUCAGAAUGGUGAUAUGCUUCUGCGUAACCGAGAGAGCCUUAAAACAAAAUGUGUUGAACCUGGAGUUUUGCUUGGUGAGCUGGAGCACUAUGACCUGGACAUGGAUGAAAUUUUGGAUGUGCCUUAUAUUAAAUCAAGCCAGCAACUCGCUACUUUUACCAAGGCAGCUCCAGAGAAACGGAUUUUGAGUGUGUACUCAACAUUGAAUGGUCUUAGUGGCAAGUCAUGUCCUGCAGGAAACACCGAGAAGGCACCAACAGGAACAACAACACAGUUCUGUGUUCUGUCCCCUGUGAAAAGCUCUCAGCUGAGAAAAGCGCAGCCCAUUGUCCCUGAUCAACAUAAGCAUUUAACUGAAGAACUGGCGUUUCCCCAGCUGCUAGUUAACUGUGGUUCAGUCCAUGAACCUGAACCCCAGACCAAGGGCUUUCUCAACAGGACAUUUGCUGAUAAAAUGGAGAAGACUGUGUCCCAUUGUCAAUUAAGGACUUUUCAUCUGCAGGCAGCAGUGGCAGAAAACAAGCAUGAUGAACUGAACAGCAGUAUGAACUGGAGCAGCUCUGGAGGUCCAGAAGAAAGGAAUGAGGGUGUGAAAAAAAACAAGAGCAUCUUAAAUAUUGUGAAAGAAGGGCAAAUAUCGCUACUGCCCCACUUAGCAGCUGACAAUCUGGACAAAAUUCAUGAUGAAAAUGGCAACAAUCUUUUGCAUGUUGCAGCAUCACAAGGACAUGCAGAAUGCCUACAGCAUCUCACAUCUUUGAUGGGUGAAGAUUGCUUGAAUGAGCGGAACAGUGAACAGCUAACUCCUGCUGGUUUAGCAAUAAAGAAUGGUCAGCUGGAGUGUGUGCGUUGGAUGGUGAGUGAAACAGAAGCCAUUGCAGAACUAAGUUGCUCAAAAGAUCACCCAAGCCUUAUUCACUAUGCUGGUUGCUAUGGGCAGGAGAAAAUCCUUCUGUGGCUUCUUCAGUUUAUGCAGGAACAAGGGAUUUCUUUGGAUGAAGUUGAUCAGGAUGGUAAUAGUGCAGUCCAUGUUGCUGCCCAGCAUGGGUAUCUGGGAUGUAUACAGACUCUGGUUGAAUAUGGAGCAAACGUCACUAUGCAGAACCAUGCUGGAGAAAAACCUUCCCAAAGUGCUGAGCACCAGGGACACACCAUGUGCUCACGUUACUUGGUAGUGGUGGAGACAUGCAUGUCGUUGGCAUCCCAGGUUGUGAAGUUAACAAAACAACUGAAAGAGCAGACGGUAGAACGUGUGACAUUACAGAACCAACUCCAGCAACUUCUGGAAAUACAGAGAUCAGAGAGCAAGUCACUGCCAACAUCCCCAAGUUCACCAUCAUCACCCACUUCUGGCAAGCUUCAGUGGAAACCAUCUGAUACAGAUGAUUCGUCUAUACCGAAAAGUAAAUUGAACGCCCAUGAUGGGAUGCAGAUUUUUGGCAGUGUGGGAAGUCCACACCACAAUCGGCCCAAGAUGAAAGAUGAGGACUCUGAUAAAAUUCUGCGCCAGCUGCUGGGGAAAGAAAUAUCUGAAAAUGUUUGCAUGCAGGAAAAGCUAUCACUAGAAUUUCAGGAUGUUCAUGCCUCCAAGAAUAUAAAGAAGGUUCCCCUGGAAAAAAAAGAAUUGAAGUUAGCAAGACUGAAGCAUCUAAUGCAGCGAUCCCUCAGUGAGUCUGAUACAGAUUCAAAUAAUUCAGAAGACCAGAAGAACACCCCUGUGAACAGAACUGAUAAGCCAAGGCCACACCCCAUAGUGGAAAACACUGAAAGCACUGAGAAUUUGCAUCUGAUGAUUAAGAAACACACUUUAGCCUCUGGUCGCCGGUUCCCUUUUGGAAUUAAAGCCUCAAAAUCUGUGGAUGGUAAUAGCCCUUCUCCCACUUCUGAAAGUAGUGAUCCUGAUAAUGAAUGCCAGUAUCAAACUGGGGCUAUAUCUCAGAGUCAAGUCGUGGGAGAUACCUACCAGCCAAGCCCUGAUACCACCAUUACUCACAAAGUGGCCACAAGUCCCAAGAGUGCACUCAAAUCUCCAUCUUCAAAGCGCAGAACUGCCCAGAAUUUAAAACUCAGAGUGACAUUUGAGGAGCCUGUGGUGCAGGUGGAACAAACAGAGACUGGUUUAAAUGGGGAAAGGGACAAAGAGCGGAGUAAAGCCCUUCAACGUCCUCCAUCCAAUGCUGAAUCUGGGGACCAGCAGAAACGGCCAUUUGGAACAUUUCGAUCCAUAAUGGAAACACUGAGUGGCAACCAGAACAAUAAUAAUAACUAUCAAACUGCAAGCCUACUCAAGACCUCAUCACCCUUUACCUCAUUAGGAAGGAAAGCCACAGAUAGCAAAGGAAAUUCAGCAACUUCUGCAAAAGGAAAAAAUAAGCCAGUGAGUGAUGAUGGGGCUGAGGGGAUCUUUUUGAAUUUUAAUUAAUGAAGAAUUCUAAAAUGGUUUUUUUUGCUUAAAAUAACAAUAUACACACAACUCCCUUAAACAAACAUAAACACAUCCCCGCUGAAAUGCCUUAAGACAGGGAAAGGGUAAUGUGGGAGCAUCUGGAAGGAGAUAAUAAAAUUCCUGAGUGUAACAUGAGGAUGUCUGAUCGAGCUUUUCAGGGAUUAGCUGUGUUCUAUGCAUCCAGUCCCUGCAAGCAAGCUACAUGAGCCCUGAGGUGAACUUGUCCCUGCAUGGAUGGUAAGGAUAGUGGCAAAGCCAGCUUGUGCUCUGCUGUCCACAUAGAUAGUCAAGCUAGAGUUAUCCUAUGUCACUUUGCACUUCGCUCUUUUCAGGAAUAUCUCCCACAAUUGUGAUUUGAUGCUGAAUUCAGAGAAGAAGUUGUUCCCAUGCAAAUACUUUCUAAAUUACCAAAAAAAAGUAGACUGAAAGAUAAGGAGGGAAAUCUUGUAUAUAUCAAAUCCAAUAUGUGGAUUGGAUAUAUCCAGAAAUAGGAACAGAGUCAGACUAUAAGAUUAGAAUCUAUGAAAGAUUCUACCAGUACUUAUUCCAAAAUAAAUAGUACCAGUACUCAUUCCAAAACCAAGGGAUCCAAGCAAGGUGUUAAGUUCAGACCUUCUUACUGAAGUGCUCCACCUGGCAUCUAUUAUUAUGUGGUAAGCCAUUCAUGUGGAUUGGCUUACCAUAGGAUUGGGGUGAUUUUCUCCAUGCCAGUGCAAAUCUUUCUCUUUCAAUAUUUGUGGUGGCAAGGAGAAAUUUGUCCUAAGCAUACAGUGAGUCACUCUACAUGAAAGGCUCACCAGUUGGUCAUCAGCAGUAUGAUAGGAGUGAUGGCUACCAGGGGAAAUACUUAGAGAAAUUCUGGAACUUGUGGAACUAGACUGUAAUGUUGGAUUAUUAGUUUAUGUUGAUCUGACAUGGUAGCAUACACCCAAGCAGAUUUCUGCCUUGGGGCUGAAAGAAGUUAGCAUAAGAUUGGGAAUAGGUUACAACAAAGAUUGGUAAAUCCUUCUGUGCAGGAACACAGAAGGGUUCAAAGGCCAAGAGAUAAGGAGUGGGAACAAAGCAGUUGGACUGUGGUCUUGGAGGCCAAGUUUGAUACAAUAAGUGAGAGGAUUGUAUUUUAAUGUAUUAUUAAAAGAAAACAUGAUUGCCAUUCAUAUAAAAGAAAAUUCAAAUAAAGGCUAAUCUAGAAUAUGGCAGACAGUUCAGUUUGCUUUUAGCUAUGCAGCACCAAAGAUUUAAGCCUACAGAUGAACUCCUAUAGCUGAACUGCCAUUUAACUGCAAGCAUCCUACUUCUUAAUCAAGCCCUCUUAUUAAAGGCUUAUGUUGAAACCAGCUAUAACAAAGUGUACUAGAAGAAGAAGAAAUAUAUUUGUCCAUAUCGUUUGCAUAAUUCAUAUAUGGAGAUCAAACAACUGGGAAAGAAAUAAAAAAGCAUCACUUAUAGCAGUGAUGAAAAGUGGAAAA